GAAAUAUCACGAUCAAAUGGGAUGUCAUCAACUGGACCUCCGAUGGUUAUGUUGCUCUAGUUACUAUGCACAACUUCCAACAAUAUCGUCACUUCGCAGCACCAGGGUGGACUUUAGGAUGGACAUGGGCAAAGAAAGAGGUGAUAUGGAGCAUUGUGGGAGGACAGGCCACUGAACGAGGGAAUUGUUCACAAUUUAAAGGAAACAUCCCAAAUUGUUGUAAAAAGGACCCAGCAAUUGUUGAUUUGCUUCCCGGAGCACCUUACAAUCAGAAAAUUGCACAUUGCUGCAAAGGUGGGGUACUCAGCUCAUUGGCACAGGACCCAACCAAUGCGGUUGCUUCAUUUCAGUUAAGUGUCGGCAGAGCUGGAACUACUAACAGAACAGUCAGGUUGCCCAAAAAUUUCACCCUGAAAGCACCAGGACCAGGUUAUACUUGUGGAAAGGCAAAAAUUGUGAAACCCACAUUAUUCAUAACACCAGACAAAAGAAGGAUAACACAAGCAUUCAUGACAUGGAAUGUGAUAUGUACAUAUGCACAAUUCGUAGCUCAUAAAAAUCCUCCUUGCUGUGUCUCCCUUUCUUCUUUUUAUAAUGAUACUAUCAUACCCUGCCCAUCAUGUUCAUGUGGCUGUGGGGGCAAUUCGUCUAGCUGUGCAGAGUCGGAUUCACCUCAUUUGACACCUUCGAUUCAAUGUACUAGUCAUAUGUGCCCCAUCCAAGUCCACUGGCAUGUUAAGGGUAACGACAAAGGAUCCUGGCGAGUUAAGAUCAAUGUUACCAAUUUUAAUUAUAGGACGAAUUAUUCUGACUGGAACUUGCUUGUUCAACACCCAAACGUUGAUAAUCUGACCCAACUUUCCGGUUCCAACUACAAGGGAUUAGCAUCAUACGGAGCAACAACAAAUGAUACAGUAAUGCUUUGGGGAAUUAAGUUUUACAACGAUUUUCUGAACCAAGCUGGCCAUUCUGGUGAUGUACAGUUAGAACUAGUUUUUCGAAAGGAUAACUCGACCUUUGCUCUCGACAAAAGCUGGGCUUUUCCUCGGAGGAUCUUUUUCAAUGGGGACAUGUGUGAGUUGCCACAACCAGAUGCAUACCCUUUGCUGGCCAAUGCCAGUUCCCAGCAACAAGUUUCCCUGCUUGCCUUAUUAAUGAUGUCUUGCUUGGUGGCUUUGGUCUUUUAUACAUUUCCUUGA